AUGGAAGUAUUUGAUUAUAAAUAUUUGAGCGAUAAGCAGCUGAAAGGAUUGAAUAGCUAUAAAUACAGUUGCAUAGAUACAUCACCAGUAUCUAAUUAUGUUAUGCAACCAUUUUGGAAUCGAUGUGUCGAAUAUUUUCCAAUAUGGUUUGCUCCAAACUUGAUGACAUUACUUGGUUUUCUACUAUUAGUUGUUAAUUUUUUGCUGUUCUCAAUAUAUGAUUAUCAUUUUUACGAUGCAUCAUCAAUUCCAAGAUGGUUAUGGCUUGUGGCUGCAAUUUGUCAAUUUGGAUCCCAUCAACUUGAUGGUAUGGAUGGCAAACAAGCUCGUCGGGCUAAAGCAAGUAGCGCCCUCGGCGAAUUGUUUGAUCAUGGUGUAGAUAGUUGGGCAACAUUCUUAUUUCCUGUGUGUAUUUUUUCCGUGUUAUCUCGAGGUGAAUAUGGAUUUAGUGUACUUACCAUGCAUUUUCUAUUAUGGACAGUUUAUACAUCAUUUAUCGAUUCACAUUGGGAAAAAUAUAAUACGAAAGUUUUAUAUUUACCCUGGUCAUAUGACAUAUCAAUGCUGGUAAUGACAUUGACAUAUCUUGUGGCAUUUUUCUUUUCGCCAUCAAUAUUUUGUUGGCGUGUACCAAUCAUUAAUGUUGCAUUUGCUCAUGUUGCUCAAGUUAUUUGGCCAUGUUUUGCAUUGGGAACAUCACUUCCGAUUUCAGUAAUAAACAUUCGAAAGGCGUAUAAAAAUCGCACCGGAAAUAAUCGUACACCAUACGAAGCCAUUCGUCCACUUAUCGCACCUAGUGUAUUAUUUAUCUCAUCCACAUGGUGGGCAUUGAGUUCACCUAAUAUGAUAUUACAAAAACAGCCACGUGUAUUUUUUUCAGCUAUCGGUGCAACAUUUUCAAACAUAGCUUGUCGCUUAGUUGUUGCACAAAUGACAUCAACACGUGCUGAAGGAUUUAAUUCAUUUUUAUACAUUUAUGUUCCUAUACAAUGUUUAGUUGUAUUUGGUAAAUUAACAAAAACUGUUGAAUUUACACUUUUAUAUGUGUAUAAUAUUUAUGCUAUUAUUUUUCAUAUUCAUUAUGCUGUUUGUGUGGUUAGACAAAUUUGUGAACAUUUACAAAUUUACUGUUUCAAUAUAACAGCAAGACGUCCUCCUCCAGCACAAAUUGUUAUUCAACAUUAA